AUGGAGGACACGGCGGCCGCGCCCCCCUCGGCGGAGAAGGGAGGUGGCAGCACUCGCACCUCCCCAGCCCGGUCGCCCUCGCGAGGCCAGGGGAGACAUCAUCGGGAGGAGUCAGCCCCCGUGGCCCCGCUGGCUUCGGAAGUGCCGGCACCUGGCUCGGCUGAUGAGGUCCCAGAGGCUCUGGAGCCCUUGAUCUCCCAUGCCCAGGUAACCACAUCGUCCCCUCCUUCUGCCGCGCUCCUGGCUCCAGUUCGAGCGACGCUGAGCCAGGCAGCGGCGUCCUCCGAGAAGGAGAAGCAGAGCACCAUCAAAGCCGCGGCUGAUCGUGACGCGGCACUGAAGGAUGCUGAGGUCGCCCGCGGCCGCUGUCAAGAGCUGGAGGACGAGUUGAAGCAUCUGCGCGACCAACACGCGGAAGAAGAACACGGCCGCCAGGUAAAGGAGGAAGAAAUGAGGGUCCGGGAGGACGCCAUCAAGAACCAUGACGCCGAGUUGGAGGAGCUGGAGAAGGCGCAGGCUACUGAGCAUAGCUGGCUGGAGGAGCCGGAGCGGGAGGCGAAGGCGAAGGAGGCCGAUCUUGACACCAAGACGAAAGUUCUGGCUGAGGACCGCGCGGCCUUCAUUGAUAUUGAGGAGAGGUCUCGUGCAGCACUGAAGACGAUCUACGAGAAAGGCUUGGAGAGGCCACUGGUCACCGAUGAGGACGGCCCUGCUCAGCUGCUUCCCUUCUUGGUGGAGGCGCUUGAGGAAGUUGUGGAGGGCGUCGCCACCUGCACCUUCACGACCCCGGCACUCGUCUUGACGAGCUGCUAG